AUUUAAUAACACUGAUUUAUAUUAUGAUGAACAAUAUAAUAUAUUAUUAGGAGUUACAGGUAAGCUUGCAUAGGUUAAUUUAAUGAAUAUUCCUGGCAUUUAAUAACUGUUUAUCUACUAAUGCGUUAGUGAGUUUGAAAAUAAUUCAGUUUACUUUUAUAAAUAAGAAACAAGCCUCAUUAUAGCAGACAAUACCCCUAUUUUAUAUUUAUUCAAUUACCUCACUUAAAAUACUACAGAAGUUAAAAUAUAAAUCCGUAAUAUUAUAGGUAUGCUGAUGGAUGAAAGCAAAAAAGUUGUUUUUGUAUACUCAAAUUAAUUUAUUCAAAUGUAUUAAUUUCCUAGCAUGUUUUUCUAAAUACCUAAUUAAAUUUAAUUAUAGCUUAGACAUCUACCCACAUUAUAUCUUUCGACUUAACAGAGACUGUGUAUGCAA